AUGUACCAAGUCCUGGUAAGUCCACGCUAGUGUUGCUGGUGUUUGCCACUUGAUACUAAGUAUACCCGGGAGGAUUAGUAAUAACAGCAUUUAAAAUAAAGCCCUGUUUUACGUGGGAAGGUGAGCUAUAAGAGAUCUGAUAGAGAAUGUAAGUCACAUGUUUGUGUGAGGGAACACUAACAAUAGGAAACAAACAAACAAACGAAUGAGAAAAAAAGCCAGGACACCUCUCUGUUCUAGAUGGUAGAGACCAGUACACCUCUCUGUUCUAGAUGGUAGAGACCAGUACACCUCUCUGUUCUAGAUGGUAGAGACCAGUACGCCUCUCUGUUCUAGAUGGUAGAGACCAGUACGCCUCUCUGUUCUAGAUGGUAGAGACCAGUGACACCUCUCUGUUCUAGAUGGUAGAGACCAGUACGCCUCUUGUCUAGAUGUAAGACCAGUCGCUCUCGUUCUAGAUGGUUAGAGACCAGUACGCCUCUCUGUUUCUAGAUGGUAGAGCCUAGUACCUCUGUAAUUGUAAGAGAUAGUGGUUGAUGGAUAGAGACCAGUACGCCACUUUGUUUAGAUGGUUUAAGACCAUUAAAGACACCUGACAUUUAAGGUGGGAUGGAUCAAACACUUGCAGACUUUUUGGGGUUCCCUACCCUGUUUAAGGAGGGAGGGAGCUAGAGCGAGAGCGAUAGUGAGAGAGAGAGAGAGAGAGAGAGAGAGAGAGAGAGAGAGAGAGAGGAGAGGAGAGAGGAGAGAGAGAGAGAGAGAGAGAGAGAGAGAGAGACAGAGAGAGAGAGAGUAGAGAGAGAGAAUGGAGAGAGAGAGAGAGAGGUGAAGAGAGAAGAGAGCGAGGAGAGUAGAGAGGAGUAAUAGAGAGAGAAGAGAGAGAGAGAGGGAGGGAGGGAGGAGAGUAGGAGAAGAGGUAGGGAGAGAGGGAGGAGGAGAAGAGGCCCGAGAGAGGCAGCGGGGUAUGAGAGAGAGAGAGAGAGAGUAGACGCGAGAGAUGAGAGAGAGAGAGAGAGAGGAGGGAAGGGUGGUUGAGUGAUAAUGUGUAGAAGAAGGAGGGGGUGUAGAGGAGCGGUACACUCUAUCACUACUUUGAGAGCUCUGCCUCUUCAGCCAACUGCUCCCUCUCUUCUCUCCUCCUCUCUCCAUCCAGGCGAAUGGACAAACACAGCCUGAAAAAAAGGCAAGCAGGCAAGAGAGAGAGCGAGAGAGAGGGGAGGAAACACAAGGCAACAGUACAGGAGGUUAAUAAUCAGACUGGAGAGUUAGCAGCUUGUUUCCAGGAGUGAGUCGUCCCAGCUGAACACCGCGGAGAGAACAGGAAGCAAUCUUCUCUUCCUGCGUGUGUGUGUGUGUGUGUGUUGAUGAGUGUGAGAGUGUAUGUGUGUAUGAGUGUUUGUGUAUCUGUCCAGACAGACAGAGUUCAGUGGAAUAGCAGGAGUUACUUUUGGGGAAGACAGCUGGACUCAUCCAUUGCAACAGCGAUACAGAGACUCUCUGACAACUGAAAGAGCAGCAGCAGCCACUUCAAGGAGAGUAACACACUGUGGAUGAAUUGAGGGAAUGAGAAGAGGAAGACCGAGAGACUGAGAAAGUCAAGGAGGGAAGAGAGAAAGACUCUUUGGUCUCUUCUCUGCUCUGCAAAGUGUGACGACCCUCCAUCUCCCCUCUCCAUCUACCCUGACCCUUCUCCCUCUCCCUCACUCCUCUUCCCCCUCUUCUCCUCCACUCCUCUUCCCCCUGUCGUCGUCUCGCCUAACAUGGGCCGGCUGCUGGCCCUAGCCCUGGCCUACCUGGUGUACCUGUCGACUGCAGUGAUUGGCUCAGAGAAGAAGCAGCACCGGGUGCAGAAUGGGCCCUGCAGUUACACCUUCAUACUCCCCGAGGUGGAACACUGCCAACCCCUCAAAGACUUCCAGGUCACCAACUCCCUCCAGAGGGACUCCCCACCACCACCGCCGGCCCCAGACCCAGGAUCGAGUCACCCUGAGCAGGCCAAAGCCCAGUCCGCUAGGCCCUCAUGGCAGGAGAGGAAGCUGGAGAGUCUGGAGAGCACCACAGAGAAAAAUAGACAGUGGUUGCAGAAGGUAAGAAUCUCUGUCAUCAUGUGUUGCUUCCUCCUCUUGUCUUUUCUGUUCCCCUCCAGGGUUCACUAAAACAGAGGUAUUCCCUAAAGAGUGUGUGUGUGUGUGUCUGAGUCUGUAUUUAACACCACUGGGUAGCACUACUGAUUCAGAUAUGUGUAUCAGUACAUUAACAAAACAAACCCAACAAUCAAAGAGCAGUUACGCUAACCUCAAUAAAUGCUAAGAAAAUGUGUGUGUGUGUGUGUGUGUGUGUGUGUGUGUGUGUGUGUGUGUGUGUGUGUGUGAGUGAGUGUGUGUGUGAGUGUGUACGUGCGUGCGUGCGUGUGUGUCAGUGUGUGAGUCACCAGAAUGUCUGCAUAAAUGGAACAAUUGUUUAUCUAACAGACAUUUUAACAAGUCUGGUUUAGCGGUUUAUUGGGCCAUGGCCUUUACUAUGACUGGGCCAUUUAAACCAUUCUCUGAACUAAUAAACUGUAGCAGAGAGAUUAACAGUGUUUUCACUGUUAAGGUCAUCUGGGGUCAGAUCAGGUCCAUUCUCUGGACCACACAGAGGCAGUAUUGUCUGUCUCUAUCUUGCAUUUAUUUUUAAAAGGUCAUUGCUAUUUUUACAGGGUGAGUGAGUAAACUCACCAAUCUCUCUGUGUGUUCUGAGAUAUAACCUCUGACCUCGCUGUUGAGAGAAACAGGAAGCCUCUGGACAGAAGUUGCCCUCGUGCAGAUAUUUAGGAUCAGAUUACCUUUCCACCAAUACUAACCGUGGUUGCCUCUCAAAUGGCACCCUGUCAGGUCUAUAUAGAGGUCAACAGCUCCCUGUCAGGUCUAUAUAGAGGUCCUCAACACCUCCCUGUCUGGUCUAUAUAGAGGUCCUCAACACCUCCCUGUCUGGUCUAUAUAGAGGUCCUCAACACCUCCCUGUCAGGUCUAUAUAGAGGUCCUCAACACCUCCCUGUCUGGUCUAUAUAGAGGUCCUCAACACCUCCCUGUCAGGUCUAUAUAGAGGUCCUCAACACCUCCCUGUCUGGUCUAUAUAGAGGUCAACACCUCCCUGUCAGGUCUAUAUAGAGGUCCUCAACACCUCCCUGUCUGGUCUAUAUAGAGGUCCUCAACACCUCCCUGUCUGGUCUAUAUAGAGGUCCUCAACACCUCCCUGUCUGGUCUAUAUAGAGGUCCUCAACACCUCCCUGUCAGGUCUAUAUAGAGGUCAACACCUCCCUGUCAGGUCUAUAUAGAGGUCCUCAACACCUCCCUGUCAGGUCUAUAUAGAGGUCAACACCUCCCUGUCAGGUCUAUAUAGAGGUCCUCAACACCUCCCUGUCUGGUCUAUAUAGAGGUCCUCAACACCUCCCUGUCUGGUCUAUAUAGAGGUCAACACCUCCCUGUCAGGUCUAUAUAGAGAUCCUCAACACCUCCCUGUCUGGUCUAUAUAGAGGUCAACACCUCCCUGUCUGGUCUAUAUAGAGGUCAACACCUCCCUGUCUGGUCUAUAUAGAGGUCAACACCUCCCUGUCAGGUCCAUAUAGAGGUCCUCAACACCUCCCUGUCUGGUCUAUAUAGAGGUCCUCAACACCUCCCUGUCAGGUCUAUAUAGAGGUCAACACCUCCCUGUCAGGUCUAUAUAGAGGUCCUCAACACCUCCCUGUCAGGUCUAUAUAGAGGUCCUCAACACCUCCCUGUCUGGUCUAUAUAGAGGUCAACACCUCCCUGUCAGGUCUAUAUAGAGGUCCUCAACACCUCCCUGUCAGGUCUAUAUAGAGGUCCUCAACACCACCCUGUCUGGUCUAUAUAGAGGUCCUCAACACCACCCUGUCUGGUCUAUAUAGAGGUCCUCAACACCUCCCUGUCAGGUCUAUAUAGAGGUCAACACCUCCCUGUCUGGUCUAUAUAGAGGUCAACACCUCCCUGUCUGGUCUAUAUGGAGGUCCUCAACACCUCCCUGUCAGGUCUAUAUAGAGGUCCUCAACACCUCCCUGUCAGGUCUAUAUAGAGGUCCUCAACACCUCCCUGUGUGGUCUAUAUAGAGGUCAACACCUCCCUGUCUGGUCUAUAUAGAGGUCCUCAACACCUCCCUGUCAGGUCUAUAUAGAGGUCCUCAACACCUCCCUGUCUGGUCUAUAUAGAGGUCCUCAACACCUCCCUGUCAGGUCUAUAUAGAGGUCCUCAACACCUCCCUGUCUGGUCUAUAUAGAGGUCCUCAACACCUCCCUGUCAGGUCUAUAUAGAGGUCCUCAACACCUCCCUGUCUGGUCUAUAUAGAGGUCCUCAACACCUCCCUGUCAGGUCUAUAUAGAGGUCAACACCUCCCUGUCUGGUCUAUAUAGAGGUCCUCAACACCUCCCUGUCAGGUCUAUAUAGAGGUCCUCAACACCUCCCUGUCAGGUCUAUAUAGAGGUCCUCAACACCUCCCUGUCAGGUCUAUAUAGAGGUCCUCAACACCUCCCUGUCAGGUCUAUAUAGAGGUCAACACCUCCCUGUCUGGUCUAUAUAGAGGUCCUCAACACCUCCCUGUCAGGUCUAUAUAGAGGUCAACACCUCCCUGUCUGGUCUAUAUAGAGGUCCUCAACACCUCCCUGUCAGGUCUAUAUAGAGGUCCUCAACACCUCCCUGUCAGGUCUAUAUAGAGGUCCUCAACACCUCCCUGUCAGGUCUAUAUAGAGGUCAACACCUCCCUGUCUGGUCUAUAUAGAGGUCCUCAACACCUCCCUGUCAGGUCUAUAUAGAGGUCCUCAACACCUCCCUGUCAGGUCUAUAUAGAGGUCCUCAACACCACCCUGUCUGGUCUAUAUAGAGGACCUCAACACCUCCCUGUCAGGUCUAUAUAGAGGUCCUCAACACCUCCCUGUCUGGUCUAUAUAGAGGAAAACACCUCCCUGUAUGGUCUAUAUAGAGGUCAUCAACACCUCCCUGUCAGGUCUAUAUAGAGGUCAACACCUCCCUGUCUGGUCUAUAUAGAGGUCCUCAACACCUCCCUGUCAGGUCUAUAUAGAGGUCCUCAACACCUCCCUGUCAGGUCUAUAUAGAGGUCCUCAACACCUCCCUGUCAGGUCUAUAUAGAGGUCCUCAACACCUCCCUGUCUGGUCUAUAUAGAGGUCCUCAACACCUCCCUGUCUGGUCUAUAUAGAGGACCUCAACACCUCCCUGUCUGGUCUAUAUAGAGGUCCUCAACACCUCCCUGUCUGCUCUAUAUAGAGGUCCUCAACACCUCCCUGUCUGGUCUAUAUAGAGGUCAACACCUCCCUGUCAGGUCUAUAUAGAGGUCCUCAACACCUCCCUGUCUGGUCUAUAUAGAGGUCCUCAACACCUCCCUGUCUGGUCUAUAUAGAGGUCCUCAACACCUCCCUGUCUGGUCUAUAUAGAGGUCCUCAACACCUCCCUGUCUGGUCUAUAUAGAGGUCCUCAACACCUCCCUGUCAGGUCUAUAUAGAGGUCCUCAACACCUCCCUGUCAGGUUAUAUAGAGGUCCUCAACACCUCCCUGUCUGGUCUAUAUAGAGGUCCUCAACACCUCCCUGUCUGGUCUAUAUAGAGGUCCUCAACACCUCCCUGUCAGGUCUAUAUAGAGGUCCUCAAACACCUCCCUGUCUGGUCUAUAUAGAGGUCCUCAACACCUCCCUGUCUGGUCUAUAUAGAGGUCCUCAACACCUCCCUGUCAGGUCUAUGUAGAGGUCCUCAACACCUCCCUGUCAGGUCUAUAUAGAGGUCCUCAACACCUCCCUGUCUGGUCUAUAUAGAGGUCCUCAACACCUCCCUGUCUGGUCUAUAUAGAGGUCCUCAACACCUCCCUGUCUGGUCUAUAUAGAGGUCCUCAACACACCUCCCUGUCAGGUCUAUAUAGAGGUCCUCAACACCUCCCUGUCUGGUCUAUAUAGAGGUCCUCAACACCUCCCUGUCAGGUCUAUGUAGAGGUCCUCAACACCUCCCUGUCUGGUCUAUAUAGAGGUCCUCAACACCUCCCUGUCAGGUCUAUGUAGAGGUCCUCAACACCUCCCUGUCAGGUCUAUAUAGAGGUCCUCAACACCUUCCUGUCUGGUCUAUAUAGAGGUCCUCAACACCUCCCUGUCUGGUCUAUAUAGAGGUCAACACCUCCCUGUCAGGUCUAUAUAGAGGUCCUCAACACCUCCCUGUCUGGUCUAUAUAGAGGUCCUCAACACCUCCCUGUCUGGUCUAUAUAGAGGUCCUCAACACCUCCCUGUCUGGUCUAUAUAGAGGUCCUCAACACCUCCCUGUCUGGUCUAUAUAGAGGUCAACACCUCCCUGUCUGGUCUAUAUAGAGGUCCUCAACACCUCCCUGUCUGGUCUAUAUAGAGGUCCUCAACACCUCCCUGUCUGGUCUAUAUAGAGGUCCUCAACACCUCCCUGUCAGGUCUAUAUAGAGGUCCUCAACAGCUCCCUGUCAGGUCUAUAUAGAGGUCCUCAACACCUCCCUGUCUGGUCUAUAUAGAGGUCCUCAACACCUCCCUGUCUGGUCUAUAUAGAGGUCCUCAACACCUCCCUGUCAGGUCUAUAUAGAGGUCCUCAACACCUCCCUGUCUGGUCUAUAUAGAGGUCAACACCUCCCUGUCUGGUCUAUAUAGAGGUCCUCAACACCUCCCUGUCAGGUCUAUAUAGAGGUCAACACCUCCCUGUCUGGUCUAUAUAGAGGUCCUCAACACCUCCCUGUCAGGUCUAUAUAGAGGUCCUCAACACCUCCCUGUCAGGUCUAUAUAGAGGUCCUCAACACCUCCCUGUCAGGUCUAUAUAGAGGUCCUCAACACCUCCCUGUCAGGUCUACAUAGAUGUCCUCAACACCUCCCUGUCAGGUCUAUAUAGAGGUCCUCAACACCUCCCUGUCAGGUCUAUAUAGAGGUCCUCAACAACUCCCUGUCUGGUCUAUAUAGAGGUCCUCAACUCCCUCCUGUCUGGUCUAUAUAGAGGUCCUCAACACCUCCCUGUCAGGUCUAUAUAGAGGUCCUCAACACCUCCCUGUCUGGUCUAUAUAGAGGUCAUCAACACCUCCCUGUCAGGUCUAUAUAGAGGUCCUCAACACCUCCCUGUCAGGUCUAUAUAGAGGUCCUCAACACCUCCCUGUCAGGUCUAUAUAGAGGUCAACACCUCCCUGUCUGGUCUAUAUAGAGGUCCUCAACACCACCCUGUCAGGUCUAUAUAGAGGUCCUCAACACCUCCCUGUCAGGUCUAUAUAGAGGUCCUCAACACCUCCCUGUCAGGUCUAUAUAGAGGUCCUCAACACCUCCAUGUCAGGUCUAUAUAGAGGUCCUCAACACCUCCCUGUCAGGUCUAUAUAGAGGUCCUCAACACCUCCUUGUCAGGUCUAUAUAGAGGUCCUCAACACCUCCCUGUCUGGUCUAUAUAGAGGUCCUCAACUCCCUCCUGUCUGGUCUAUAUAGAGGUCCUCAACACCUCCCUGUCAGGUCUAUAUAGAGGUCCUCAACACCUCCCUGUCUGGUCUAUAUAGAGGUCCUCAACACCUCCCUGUCUGGUCUAUAUAGAGGUCCUCAAUACCUCCCUGUCAGGUCUAUAUAGAGGUCCUCAACACCUCCCUGUCAGGUCUAUAUAGAGGUCCUCAACACCUCCCUGUCUGGUCUAUAUAGAGGUCCUCAACACCUCCCUGUCAGGUCUAUAUAGAGGUCAACACCUCCCUGUCUGGUCUAUAUAGAGGUCCUCAACACCUCCCUGUCAGGUCUAUAUAGAGGUCAACACCUCCCUGUCUGGUCUAUAUAGAGGUCCUCAACACCUCCCUGUCAGGUCUAUAUAGAGGUCCUCAACACCUCCCUGUCUGGUCUAUAUAGAGGUCCUCAACACCUCCCUGUCUGGUCUAUAUAGAGGUCCUCAACACCUCCCUGUCAGGUCUAUAUAGAGGUCCUCAACACCUCCCUGUCAGGUCUAUAUAGAGGUCCUCAACACCUCCCUGUCUGGUCUAUAUAGAGGUCCUCAAAACCUCCCUGUCUGGUCUAUAUAGAGGUCCUCAACACCUCCCUGUCUGGUCUAUAUAGAGGUCCUCAACACCUCCCUGUCAGGUCUAUGUAGAGGUCCUCAACACCUCCCUGUCAGGUCUAUAUAGAGGUCAACACCUCCCUGUCUGGUCUAUAUAGAGGUCAACACCUCCCUGUCAGGUCUAUAUAGAGGUCCUCAACACCUCCCUGUCUGGUCUAUAUAGAGGUCAACACCUCCCUGUUUGGUCUAUAUAGAGGUCCUCAACACCUCCCUGUCAGGUCUAUAUAGAGGUCCUCAACACCUCCCUGUCUGGUCUAUAUAGAGGUCCUCAACACCUCCCUGUCUGGUCUAUAUAGAGGUCCUCAACACCUCCCUGUCAGGUCUAUAUAGAGGUCAACACCUCCCUGUCAGGUCUAUAUAGAGGUCCUCAACACCACCCUGUCAGGUCUAUAUAGAGGUCCUCAACACCUCCCUGUCAGGUCUAUAUAGAGGUCCUCAACACCUCCCUGUCAGGUCUAUAUAGAGGUCCUCAACACCUCCCUGUCUGGUCUAUAUAGAGGUCCUCAACACCUCCCUGUCAGGUCUAUAUAGAGGUCCUCAACACCUCCCUGUCAGGUCUAUAUAGAGGUCCUCAACACCUCCCUGUCUGGUCUAUAUAGAGGUCCUCAACACCUCCCUGUCUGGUCUAUAUAGAGGUCCUCAACACCUCCCUGUCUGGUCUAUAUAGAGGUCCUCAACACCUCCCUGUCAGGUCUAUGUAGAGGUCCUCAACACCUCCCUGUCAGGUCUAUAUAGAGGUCAACACCUCCCUGUCUGGUCUAUAUAGAGGUCAACACCUCCCUGUCAGGUCUAUAUAGAGGUCCUCAACACCUCCCUGUCUGGUCUAUAUAGAGGUCAACACCUCCCUGUCUGGUCUAUAUAGAGGUCCUCAACACCUCCCUGUCAGGUCUAUAUAGAGGUCCUCAACACCUCCCUGUCAGGUCUAUAUAGAGGACCUCAACACCUCCCUGUCAGGUCUAUAUAGAGGUCCUCAACACCUCCCUGUCAGGUCUAUAUAGAGGUCCUCAACACCUCCCUGUCAGGUCUAUAUAGAGGACCUCAACACCUCCCUGUCAGGUCUAUAUAGAGGUCCUCAACACCUCCCUGUCAGGUCUAUAUAGAGGACCUCAACACCUCCCUGUCUGGUCUAUAUAGAGGUCCUCAACACCUCCCUGUCAGGUCUAUAUAGAGGUCAACACCUCCCUGUCAGGUCUAUAUAGAGGUCCUCAACACCACCCUGUCAGGUCUAUAUAGAGGUCCUCAACACCUCCCUGUCAGGUCUAUAUAGAGGUCAACACCUCCCUGUCAGGUCUAUAUAGAGGUCCUCAACACCUCCCUGUCUGGUCUAUAUAGAGGUCCUCAACACCUCCCUGUCUGGUCUAUAUAGAGGUCCUCAACACCUCCCUGUCUGGUCUAUAUAGAGGUCCUCAACACCUCCCUGUCAGGUCUAUAUAGAGGUCCUCAACACCACCCUGUCAGGUCUAUAUAGAGGCCCUCAACACCUCCCUGUCUGGUCUAUAUAGAGGUCCUCAACACCUCCCUGUCAGGUCUAUAUAGAGGUCCUCAACACCUCCCUAUCAGGUCUAUAUAGAGGUCCUCAACACCUCCCUGUCAGGUCUAUAUAGAGGUCCUCAACACCUCCCUGUCAGGUCUAUAUAGAGGUCCUCAACACCUCCCUGUCAGGUCUAUAUAGAGGUCCUCAACACCUCCCUGUCAGGUCUAUAUAGAGAUUGAACUUCACGGAGUUCGCCCCAUUAGUUUGCAGUAUAUAGAUCAACGUUUUUUUGUGUGAUCGAAUCAACAUUAUAUCAGCCCCUUUUCAAUGCAACAAAGCAAGAUUGAGUCUGUGAUUUUUUGUUGUAGGCAGAGCCAGAGCGCAACAGAGUAGAAUGAUAUUAGUUAGCGAGCUAUUAGCCCAGUUAUAGAUAAGUAUAGGUCAGCAAUGGGGAGUUAGAUACUGCUUCCUACAAGAGCACAACACGUUUAGGCUACAUUUCAAGCUGUCUUUGAAAAGCCAGUCAGGUAAAAAGCUUACGUCUUAAUUAAAGGGGCAGGGUUGUGUUUUGAGACAGGCUUGAAUGUGCAAAUUAGCCAAUAGGCAGAGGAGUAGCCUGCAUUGUCGAAUUCUCUGUAUGGUGCUAAUCAUUUUAUUUGAUUAUUAUUAUAUUAUUAUAAAGUGGUUUCUUGCAUCAAACAACACAAUACAAUGUCAUUUACAGUCACCUGUUUGGCCCCUGGUGUUACAGACCAAGUAAAAAAAUCAUUAAUUAAUGUCAAGCCCUUCGUAAUGUAAAAACGGUUUUAAAAGUCAGUUGCAAUGUAGGCCCGCAUUGAACACCACAUAGAGGCUACUGUAGGCUAUAUCAUAGAAAUCAAAAGCUAUUUCCAUGUGUAAAUGUUAUGGGAUUCGCUCCAUUGGUUUUGUUGGUAGGCCUACAUUAUGCUCAGAUAGCCACAAUAACCUGUUGGCUACUGUCUAAAACUGUCAGGGUACAGCCUGUUGGCUACUGUCUAAAACUGUCAGGAUACAGCCUGUUGGCUACUGUCUAAAACUGUCAGGGUACAGCCUGUUGGCUACUGUCUAAAACUGUCAGGAUACAGCCUGUUGGCUACUGUCUAAAACUGUCAGGGUACAGCCUGUUGGCUACUGUCUAAAACUGUCAGGAUACAGCCUGUUGGCUACUGUCUAAAACUGUCAGGGUACAGCCUGUUGGCUACUGUCUAAAACUGUCAGGAUACAGCCUGUUGGCUACUGUCUAAAACUGUCAGGAUACAGCCUGUUGGCUACUGUCUAAAACUGUCAGGGUACAGCCUGUUGGAUACUGUCUAAAACUGUCAGGAUACAGCAUCCGUGUUCACAGUAAACGUGCGCUGGAAGUUGCACAAAAUUCUCAAAACGUUCAGGUUUCUGCUCACGAUCUAACAUUUGCUCAGUGCCCCCCAAAAUUAGAGGGAACGUUGGUCACAGCUUGGUAAUUUUCCGCUGUCAAAAUUCAUGCCAUAACCAACUGCGUUACCGCUAAAACCAGCUUUUGAUUGGUCUUAAAAUACCCCUAUCAGCGCUGCCUGAAAUUAGCAUGUUGGAUUAUGUUUUUAACGACACACCUAAAAUGUUUCCAUCUCGCCCAACUGAGCUCAAACGAGCUGAUAUGAGACAGGGAAAUUGCCGAACCUGGCGUUUGGGCUGGAAAACGCCGGUGAGCCAGAUUUUAGAUUACAAAAUUGCAAGCUAACGUGCGUUUGCCUUAGCGCCAGACAAAAAUAGGGCCCACAGUAGUAAAGAUAGUCUUCAGUCUUCACUCUGGACUGAGUUACAUCAUGUUAUAUUUAGUAGAGACACUCUGGACUGAGUUACAUCAUGUUAUAUUUAGUAGAGACACUCUGGACUGAGUUACAUCAUGUUAUAUUUAGUAGAGACGCUCUGGACUGAGUUACAUCAUGUUAUAUUUAGUAGAGACGCUCUGGACUGAGUUACAUCAUGUUAUAUUUAGUAGAGACACUCUGGACUGAGUUACAUCAUGUUAUAUUUAGUAGAGACACUCUGGACUGAGUUACAUCAUGUUAUAUUUAGUAGAGAUACUCUGGACUGAGUUACAUCAUGUUAUAUUGGAGUAGAGACACUCUGGACUGAGUUACAUCAUGUUAUAUUUAGUAGAGACACUCUGGACUGAGUUACAUCAUGUUAUAUUGGAGUAGAGACACUCUGGACUGAGUUACAUCAUGUUAUAUUGGAGUAGAGACACUCUGGACUGAGUUACAUCAUGUUAUAUUGGAGUAGAGACACUCUGGACUGAGUUACAUCAUGUUAUAUUUAGUAGAGACACUCUGGACUGAGUUACAUCAUGUUAUAUUUAGUAGAGACACUCUGGACUGAGUUACAUCAUGUUAUAUUUAGUAGAGACACUCUGGACUGAGUUACAUCAUGUUAUAUUGGAGUAGAGACACUCUGGACUGAGUUACAUCAUGUUAUAUUUAGUAGAGACACUCUGGACUGAGUUACAUCAUGUUAUAUUUAGUAGAGACACUCUGGACUGAGUUACAUCAUGUUAUAUUUAGUAGAGACACUCUGGACUGAGUUACAUCAUGUUAUAUUGGAGUAGAGACACUCUGGACUGAGUUACAUCAUGUUAUAUUUAGUAGAGACACUCUGGACUGAGUUACAUCAUGUUAUAUUUAGUAGAGACGCUCUGGACUGAGUUACAUCAUGUUAUAUUUAGUAGAGACACUCUGGACUGAGUUACAUCAUGUUAUAUUUAGUAGAGACACUCUGGACUGAGUUACAUCAUGUUAUAUUUAGUAGAGACGCUCUGGACUGAGUUACAUCAUGUUAUAUUACUAAUCCCGUAUUUAAACUCCUCCCAGUUCUCAUAACUAAUGUCAUAUUGUCUUCCUACAUCUGACUUCUCAUAGACAUAAUAACAUAACUGUGAUUACUUCAGGAGAGAGAGGAGAGAGAGAAAGAGGUAGAGAGAGAGAAAGAAAGAUUACAUGAUGCCGAAGUGUGCUGACUCAUUUAACUUUUGUUUUCUCUCUCUGUAUUUCUCUCUCUCUGUAUUUCUCUCUCUCUCUGUAUUUCUCUCUCUCUGUAUUUCUCUCUCUCUGUAUUUCUCUCUCUCUGUAUUUCUCUCUCUCUGUAUUUCUCUCUCUGUGUAUUUCUCUCCGUCUGUAUUUCUCUCUCUCUGUAUUUCUCUCUCUCUGUAUUUCUCUCUCUCUGUAAUUCUCUCUCUCUGUAUUUCUCUCUCUCUGUAUUUCUCUCUCUCUGUAAUUCUCUCUCUCUGUAUUUCUCUCUCUCUGUAUUUCUCUCUCUCUGUAUUUCUCUCUCUCUGUAUUUCUCCUCUCUGUGUAUUUCUCUCUCGUCUGUAUUUGCUCUCUCUCUGUAUUUCUCUCUCUGUAUUUUCUCUCUCCUCUGUAAUUUCUCUCUCUCCUGUAUUUUCUCCUCUCUCUGUAUUUCUCUCUCUCUGUAAUUAUCAUCUCUCUGUAUUUCUCUCUCUCUGUAUUUCUCUCUCUCUGUAAUUCUCUCUCUCUGUAUUUCUCUCUCUCUGUAUUCUCUCUCUCUGUAUUUCUCUCUCUCUGUAUUUCUCUCUCUCUGUAAUUCUCUCUCUCUGUAUUUCUCUCUCUCUGUAUUUCUCUCUCUCUCUGUAUUUCUCUCUCUCUCUGUAUUUCUCUCUCUCUGUAUUUCUCUCUCUCUGUAUUUCUCUCUCUGGUAUUUCUUCUCUCUCUGUAUUUCUCUCUCUCUGUAAUUCUCUCUCUCUGUAUUUCUCUCUCUCUGUAUUUCUCUCUCUCUGUAAUUCUCUCUCUCUGUAUUUCUCUCUCUGUAUUUCUCUCUCUCUGUAUUUCUCUCUCUCUCUGUAUUUCUCUCUCUCUGUAUUUCUCUCUCUCUGUAUUUCUCUCUCUCUGUAUUUCUCUCUUUCUGUAUUUCUCUCUCUCUGUAUUUCUCUCUUUCUGUAUUUCUCUCUCUCUGUAUUUCUCUCUCUCUGUAUUUUUCUCUUUCUGUAUUUCUCUCUCUCUUUAUUUCUUUCUCUCUUUAACUCUUUCGCUCUUUCUCUCUCCUUUACAUUUAAUUGAAGGCUUGGAACAUGUUGUGGUCACAUUUUUGGAAUCACUCACUUCUUGGAAACAAUUAUUAGGUAAACAAAUAAUCAUGGUUGUUUUAAAAAGCCUUAUGACCUCUGACCUCUCUACAUUGUUGUGUCUGGUCAGUAGAAUGACCUCUGACCUAUCUACAUUGCUGUGUUUGGUCAGUAGAAUGACCUCUGACCUAUCUACAUUGCUGUGUUUGGUCAGUAGAAUGACCUCUGACCUCUCUACAUUGAUGUGUCUGGUCAGUAGAAUGACCUCUGACCUCUCUACAUUGUUGUGUCUUGUCAGUAGAAUGACCUUUGACCUCUCUACAUUGCUGUGUUUGGUCAGUAGAAUGACCUCUGACCUCUCUACAUUGCUGUUUCUGGUCAUUAGAAUGACCUCUGACCUCUCUACAUUGUUGUGUCUGGUCAGUAGAAUGACCUCUGACCUCUCUACAUUGCUGUUUCUGGUCAUUAGAAUGACCUCUGACCUCUCUACAUUGUUGUGUCUGGUCAGUAGAAUGACCUCUGACCUCUCUACAUUGUUGUGUCUGGUCAGUAGAAUGACUUCUCUACAUUGUUGUGUCUGGUCAUUAGAAUGACCUCUGACCUCUCUACAUUGUUGUGUCUGGUCAUUAGAAUGACCUCUGACCUCUCUACAUUGUUGUGUCUGGUCAGUAGAAUGACUUCUCUACAUUGUUGUGUCUGGUCAGUAGAAUGACCUCUGACCUCUCUACAUUGUUGUUUCUGGUCAGUAGAAUGACUUCUCUACAUUGUUGUGUCUGGUCAUUAGAAUGACCUCUGACCUCUCUACAUUGUUGUGUCUGGUCAGUAGAAUGACUUCUCUACAUUGUUGUGUCUGGUCAUUAGAAUGACCUCUGACCUCUCUACAUUGUUGUGUCUGGUCAUUAGAAUGACCUCUACAUUGUUGUGUCUGGUCAGUAGAAUGACCUCUGACCUCUCUACAUUGUUGAGUCUGGUCAGUAGAAUGACUUCUCUACAUUGUUGUGUCUGGUCAGUAGAAUGACCUCUGACCUCUCUACAUUGUUGAGUCUGGUCAGUAGAAUUACUUCUCUACAUUGUUGUGUCUGGUCAGUAGAAUGACUUCUCUACAUUGCUGUGUCUGACCUGGGCCCUAGUACACUAUUUUAUAUAGGGAACAGGGUGCCAUUCUCUGGUCUAAUGUAGUGCACUAUGUAGGGAACAGGGUGCCAUUUGGCACACAUCCAUAAAUAUGAAUGUGUUCCAUUCAAUAUCUCACUAUAGCUUUAUUGCGAGGCGAUGACAGGAGCCCCAUAAAAGGUGGACCGAAAUCCCAUCAGUCAUAAAACUGCGGAGGAAACAUUUUAACUAAUGACGUUGGCGAGCCAGGUGGAUUUGUCUUCCAUCUUCAUUGUUCGCUCAAACAGCCACAUCAAUAAGAAAUACUGUUUAUUGCCACAAGAUGGAUGGGGUUUCUAUUUUUAUAACUCCUAUAAAAUACAAUGUGAUGUUCUUCCCUUUUUGCCUCAGAGCCGAUCAUGGAUUAUAUUUGAAUGAACAAGUGUCCCUGAAGUCAAAAGCACAACUGCCGUGUUUUUAGUACAUCGCUUUCAGGCUACGUCCCUCUGGAGUUAACUGGUACCUUCCCCAACACCAGGCUACGUCCCUCUGGAGUUAACUGGUAUCUUCCCCAACACCAGGCUACGUCCCUCUGGAGUUAACUGGUACCUUCCCCAACACCAGGCUACGUCCCUCUGGAGUUAACUGGUACCUUCCCCAACACCAGGCUACGUCCCUCUGGUGUUAACUGUACCUUCCCAACACCCGCUACGUCCCUGGAGUUAACUGGUACCUUCCCCAACACCAGGCUACGUCCCUCUGGAGUUAACUGGUACCAACAAUGUUGUUGUCAUUCCAUCAGGCUGUUGUUGUCAUUCCAUCAGGCUGUUGUUGUCAUUCCAUCAGGCUUGUUUUAUCCAUCGUGUUGUUGUCAUUCCAUCAGGCUGUGUUGUUGUCAUUCCAUCAGGCUGUUGUUGUCAUUCCAUCAGGCUGUUGUUGUCAUUCCAUCAGGCUGUUUGUGUCAUUCCAUCAGGCGUUGUUUGUGUUGGUCAUUCCAUCAGGCUGUUGUUGUCAUUCCAUCAGGCUGUUGUUGUCAUUCCAUCAGGCUGUGUUGUCAUUCCAUCAGGCUGUUGUUGUUCAUUCCAUCAGGCUGUUUGUUGUCAUUCCAUCAGGCUGUUGUUGUCAUCCAUCAGGCUGUUGUUGUCAUUCCAUCAGGCUGUUUGCUGUCAUUCCAUCAGGCUGUUGUUGUCAUUCCAUCAGGCUGUUUGUUGUCAUUCCAUCAGGCUGUUUGUUGUCAUUCCAUCAGGCUGUUUGUUGUCAUUCCAUCAGGCUGUUGUUGUCAUUCCAUCAGGCUGUUUGCUGUCAUUCCAUCAGGCUGUUUGCUGUCAUUCCAUCAGGCUGUUGUUGUCAUUCCAUCAGGCUGUUGUUGUCAUUCCAUCAGGCUGUUGUUGUCAUUCCAUCAGGCUGUUGUUGUCAUUCCAUCAGGCUGUUUGUUGUCAUUCCAUCAGGCUGUUUGUUGUCAUUCCAUCAGGCUGUUGUUGUCAUUCCAUCAGGCUGUUGUUGUCAUUCCAUCAGGCUGUUUGCUGUCAUUCCAUUAGGCUGUUGUUGUCAUUCCAUCAGGCUGUUGUUGUCAUUCCAUCAGGCUGUUUGUUGUCAUUCCAUCAGGCUGUUGUUGUCAUUCCAUCAGGCUGUUGUUGUCAUUCCAUCAGGCUGUUUGUUGUCAUUCCAUCAGGCUGUUGUUGUCAUUCCAUCAGGCUGUUUGUUGUCAUUCCAUCAGGCUGUUGUUGUCAUUCCAUCAGGCUGUUUGUUGUCAUUCCAUCAGGCUGUUGUUGUCAUUCCAUCAGGCUGUUUGCUGUCAUUCCAUCAGGCUGUUUGCUGUCAUUCCAUCAGGCUGUUGUUGUCAUUCCAUCAGGCUGUUUGCUGUCAUUCCAUCAGGCUGUUGUUGUCAUUCCAUCAGGCUGUUGUUGUCAUUCCAUCAGGCUGUUUGUUGUCAUUCCAUCAGGCUGUUGUUGUCAUUCCAUCAGGCUGUUUGUUGUCAUUCCAUCAGGCUGUUUGUUGUCAUUCCAUCAGGCUGUUGUUGUCAUUCCAUCAGGCUGUUUGUUGUCAUUCCAUCAGGCUGUUGUUGUCAUUCCAUCAGGCUGUUUGUUGUCAUUCCAUCAGGCUGUUGUUGUCAUUCCAUCAGGCUGUUUGUUGUCAUUCCAUCAGGCUGUUGUUGUCAUUCCAUCAGGCUGUUUGCUGUCAUUCCAUUACCCUGGUCAGUGGUUCAAUAGAUUCUUUAAAGAAAGAUUUGGAAGGAUGGCCCCACAAGAGUAAGGGACUUACGACUGACAUUUCUUUGUAAAAGCGGGACAAGGUAGAAAAUCUGUGACACAUAGUAGAGGGUGAGUGUGUGUGUCUGUGACAGAGAGAGGGAGAGUGUGUUUGUGACAGAGAGAGGGAGAGUGUUUGUGACAGAGAGAGGGAGAGUGUUUGUGACAGAGAGAGGGAGAGUGUUUGUGACAGAGAGAGGGAGAGUGUGUUUGUGACAGAGAGAGGGAGAGUGUUUGUGACAGAGAGAGGGAGAGUGUUUGUGACAGAGAGAGGGAGAGUGUUUGUGACAGAGAGAGGGAGAGUGUGUUUGUGACAGAGAGAGGGAGAGUGUGUUUGUGGCAGAGAGAGGGAGAGUGUGUUUGUGACAUUGCUGGAAAUAUAUGAAUCCACUUUGGUGUCAGUCACUUUGAUGUUGGACUGUGUCAGCAUAAUGGAGAUGUCCUGUAGUUUAACAGGCCUAAUGACUGAUGUCCUGUAGUUUAACAGGCCUAAUGAUUGACUGAUGUCCUGUAGUUUAACAGGCCUAAUGACUGAUGUCCUGUAGUUUAACAGGCCUAAUGACUGAUGUCCUGUAGUUUAACAGGUCUAAUGACUGAUGUCCUGUAGUUUAACAGGUCUAAUGACUGAUGUCCUGUAGUUUAACAGGCCUAAUGACUGAUGUCCUGUAGUUUAACAGGUCUAAUGACUGAUGUCCUGUAGUUUAACAGGUCUAAUGACUGAUGUCCUGUAGUUUAACAGGUCUAAUGACUGAUGUCCUGUAGUUUAACAGGCCUAAUGAUUGACUGAUGUCCUGUAGUUUAACAGGCCUAAUGAUUGACUGAUGUCCUGUAGUUUAACAGGUCUAAUGAUUGACUGAUGUCCUGUAGUUUAACAGGCCUAAUGAUUGACUGAUGUCCUGUAGUUUAACAGGCCUAAUGAUUGACUGAUGUCCUGUAGUUUAACAGGCCUAAUGACUGAUGUCCUGUAGUUUAACAGGCCUAAUGUCUGAUGUCCUGUAGUUUAACAGGCCUAAUGACUGAUGUCCUGUAGUUUAACAGGCCUAAUGACUGAUGUCCUGUAGUUUAACAGGCCUAAUGACUGAUGUCCUGUAGUUUAACAGGUCUAAUGAUUGACUGAUGUCCUGUAGUUUAACAGGCCUAAUGAUUGACUGAUGUCCUGUAGUUUAACAGGCCUAAUGAUUGACUGAUGUCCUGUAGUUUAACAGGUCUAAUGAUUGACUGAUGUCCUGUAGUUGAACAGGCCUAAUGAUUGAUGUCCUGUAGUUUAACAGGCCUAAUGAUUGACUGAUGUCCUGUAGUUUAACAGGCCUAAUGAUUGACUGAUGUCCUGUAGUUUAACAGGUCUAAUGAUUGACUGAUGUCCUGUAGUUGAACAGGCCUAAUGAUUGAUGUCCUGUAGUUUAACAGGCCUAAUGAUUGACUGAUGUCCUGUAGUUUAACAGGUCUAAUGAUUGACUGAUGUCCUGUAAUUUAACAGGCCUAAUGACUGAUGUCCUGUAGUUUAACAGGCCUAAUGACUGAUGUCCUGUAGUUUAACAGGCCUAAUGACUGACUGAUGUCCUGUAGUUGAACAGGUCUAAUGAUUGAUCUCCUGUAGUUUAACAGGCCUAAUGACUGAUGUCCUGUAGUUUAACAGGCCUAAUGACUGAUGUCCUGUAGUUUAACAGGUCUAAUGACUGAUGUCCUGUAGUUUAACAGGCCUAAUGAUUGAUCUCCUGUAGUUUAACAGGCCUAAUGACUGACUGAUGUCCUGUAAUUUAACAGGCCUAAUGACUGAUGUCCUGUAGUUUAACAGGUCUAAUGAUUGAUCUCCUUUAGUUUAACAGGCCUAAUGACUGAUAUCCUGUAGUUGAACAGGUCUAAUGAUUGACUGAUGUCCUGUAGUUUAACAGGCCUAAUGACUGAUGUCCUGUAGUUUAACAGGUCUAAUGAUUGACUGAUGUCCUGUAGUUUAACAGGCCUAAUGACUGAUGUCCUGUAGUUUAACAGGUCUAAUGAUUGACUGAUGUCCUGUAGUUUAACAGGCCUAAUGACUGAUGUCCUGUAGUUUAACAGGCCUAAUGACUGAUGUCCUGUAGUUUAACAGGUCUAAUGAUUGACUGAUGUCCUGUAGUUUAACAGGCCUAAUGACUGAUGUCCUGUAGUUUAACAGGCCUAAUGACUGAUGUCCUGUAGUUUAACAGGUCUAAUGAUUGACUGAUGUCCUGUAGUUUAACAGGCCUAAUGACUGAUAUCCUGUAGUUGAACAGGUCUAAUGAUUGACUGAUGUCCUGUAGUUUAACAGGCCUAAUGACUGAUGUCCUGUGGUUUAACAGGCCUAAUGACUGAUGUCCUGUAGUUUAACAGGCCUAAUGAUUGAUCUCCUGUAGUUUAACAGGCCUAAUGACUGAUAUCCUGUAGUUGAACAGGUCUAAUGAUUGACUGAUGUCCUGUAAUUUAACAGGCCUAAUGAUUGACUGAUGUCCUGUAGUUUAACAGGCCUAAUGAUUGACUGAUGUCCUGUAGUUUAACAGGCCUAAUGACUGAUGUCCUGUAGUUUAACAGGUCUAAUGACUGAUGUCCUGUAGUUUAACAGGCCUAAUGACUGAUGUCCUGUAGUUUAACAGGCCUAAUGAUUGACUGAUGUCCUGUAGUUUAACAGGCCUAAUGACUGAUGUCCUGUAGUUUAACAGGCCUAAUGAUUGACUGAUGUCCUGUAGUUUAACAGGCCUAAUGACUGAUAUCCUGUAGUUGAACAGGUCUAAUGAUUGACUGAUGUCCUGUAGUUUAACAGGCCUAAUGACUGAUGUCCUGUAGUUUAACAGGUCUAAUGACUGAUGUCCUGUAGUUUAACAGGUCUAAUGACUGAUGUCCUGUAGUUUAACAGGCCUAAUGACUGAUGUCCUGUAGUUUAACAGGUCUAAUGACUGAUGUCCUGUAGUUUAACAGGUCUAAUGACUGAUGUCCUGUAGUUUAACAGGCCUAAUGAUUGACUGAUGUCCUGUAGUUUAACAGGCCUAAUGACUGACUGAUGUCCUGUAGUUUAACAGGCCUAAUGAUUGACUGAUGUCCUGUAGUUUAACAGGUCUAAUGACUGAUGUCCUGUAAUUUAACAGGCCUAAUGACUGAUGUCCUGUAGUUUAACAGGCCUAAUGAUUGACUGAUGUCCUGUAGUUUAACAGGCCUAAUGACUGAUGUCCUGUAGUUUAACAGGUCUAAUGAUUGACUGAUGUCCUGUAGUUUAACAGGCCUAAUGACUGAUGUCCUGUAGUUUAACAGGCCUAAUGACUGAUGUCCUGUAGUUUAACAGGUCUAAUGACUGAUGUCCUGUAGUUUAACAGGUCUAAUGACUGAUGUCCUGUAGUUUAACAGGCCUAAUGAUUGACUGAUGUCCUGUAGUUUAACAGGCCUAAUGACUGACUGAUGUCCUGUAGUUUAACAGGCCUAAUGAUUGACUGAUGUCCUGUAGUUUAACAGGCCUAAUGACUGAUGUCCUGUAGUUUAACAGGUCUAAUGACUGAUGUCCUGUAGUUUAACAGGUCUAAUGACUGAUGUCCUGUAGUUUAACAGGUCUAAUGACUGAUGCCCUGUAGUUUAACAGGUCUAAUGACUGAUGUCCUGUAGUUUAACAGGCCUAAUGACUGAUGUCCUGUAGUUUAACAGGCCUAAUGACUGAUGUCCUGUAGUUUAACAGGCCUAAUGAUUGAUGUCCUGUAGUUUAACAGGCCUAAUGAUUGACUGAUGUCCUGUAGUUUAACAGGCCUAAUGACUGAUGUCCUGUAGUUUAACAGGCCUAAUGACUGAUGUCCUGUAGUUUAACAGGCCUAAUGAUUGACUGAUGUCCUGUAGUUUAACAGGCCUAAUGACUGAUGUCCUGUAGUUUAACAGGUCUAAUGACUGAUGUCCUGUAGUUUAACAGGUCUAAUGACUGAUGUCCUGUAGUUUAACAGGCCUAAUGAUUGACUGAUGUCCUGUAGUUUAACAGGUCUAAUGACUGAUGUCCUGUAGUUUAACAGGCCUAAUGAUUGACUGAUGUCCUGUAGUUUAACAGGCCUAAUGACUGAUGUCCUGUAGUUUAACAGGCCUAAUGACUGAUGUCCUGUAGUUUAACAGGUCUAAUGACUGAUGUCCUGUAGUUUAACAGGUCUAAUGACUGAUGUCCUGUAGUUUAACAGGCCUAAUGAUUGACUGAUGUCCUGUAGUUUAACAGGCCUAAUGACUGACUGAUGUCCUGUAGUUUAACAGGCCUAAUGAUUGACUGAUGUCCUGUAGUUUAACAGGCCUAAUGACUGAUGUCCUGUAGUUUAACAGGUCUAAUGACUGAUGUCCUGUAGUUUAACAGGUCUAAUGACUGAUGUCCUGUAGUUUAACAGGUCUAAUGACUGAUGCCCUGUAGUUUAACAGGUCUAAUGACUGAUGUCCUGUAGUUUAACAGGUCUAAUGACUGAUGUCCUGUAGUUUAACAGGUCUAAUGACUGAUGUCCUGUAGUUUAACAGGUCUAAUGACUGAUGUCCUGUAGUUUAACAGGCCUAAUGACUGACUGAUGUCCUGUAGUUUAACAGGCCUAAUGACUGACUGAUGUCCUGUAGUUUAACAGGUCUAAUGACUGAUGUCCUGUAGUUUAACAGGUCUAAUGACUGAUGUCCUGUAGUUUAACAGGCCUAAUGACUGAUGUCCUGUAGUUUAACAGGCCUAAUGACUGAUGUCCUGUAAUUUAACAGGUCAAAUGACUGACUGAUGUCCUGUAGUUUAACAGGCCUAAUGACUGAUGUCAUGUAGUUUAACAGGUCUAAUGAUUGAUCUCCUGUAGUUUAACAGGCCUAAUGACUGAUGUCCUGUAGUUUAACAGGCCUAAUGACUGAUGUCCUGUAGUUUAACAGGUCUAAUGAUUGAUCUCCUGUAGUUUAACAGGCCUAAUGACUGACUGAUGUCCUGUAGUUUAACAGGUCUAAUGAUUGACUGAUGUCCUGUAGUUUGAUGUCCUGUAGUUUAACAGGCCUACUGAUUGAUGUCCUGUAGUUUAACAGGCCUAAUUAUUGAUCUCCUGUAGUUUAACAGGACUAAUGACUGAUAUCCUGUAGUUGAACAGGCCUAAUGACUGAUGUCCUGUAGUUUAACAGGCCUAAUGACUGAUGUCCUGUAGUUUAACAGGCCUAAUGACUGAUGUCCUGUAGUUGAACAGGCCUAAUGACUGAUGUCCUGUAGUUUAACAGGCCUAAUGACUGAUGUCCUGUAGUUUAACAGGCCUAAUGACUGAUGUCCUGUAGUUUAACAGGUCUAAUGAUUGAUGUCCUGUAGUUUAACAGGUCUAAUGAUUGACUGAUGUCCUGUAGUUUGAUGUCCUGUAGUUUAACAGGCCUAAUGACUGAUUGAUGUCCUGUAGUUUAACAGGCCUAAUGACUGAUGUCCUGUAGUUUAACAGGCCUAAUGAUUGACUGAUGUCCUGUAGUUUAACAGGUCGAAUGAUUGACUGAUGUCCUGUAGUUUAACAGGCCUAAUGAUUGAUCUCCUGUAGUUUAACAGGCCUAAUGACUGAUGUCCUGUAGUUUAACAGGCCUAAUGACUGAUGUCCUGUAGUUUAACAGGUCUAAUGAUUGAUGUCCUGUAGUUGAACAGGCCUAAUGACUGACUGAUGUCCUGUAGUUUAACAGGCCUACUGAUUGAUGUCCUGUAGUUGAACAGGCCUAAUGACUGACUGAUGUCCUGUAGUUUAACAGGCCUAAUGACUGAUGUCCUGUAGUUUAACAGGCCUAAUGAUUGACUGAUGUCCUGUAGUUUAACAGGUCUAAUGAUUGACUGAUGUCCUGUAGUUUAACAGGUCUAAUGAUUGAUGUCCUGUAGUUUAACAGGUCUAAUGAUUGACUGAUGUCCUGUAGUUUAACAGGUCUAAUGACUGAUGUCCUGUAGUUUAACAGGCCUAACGACUGAUGGGAAAUGAGAGAAGAGGAGGAAUGUUCCUCUGUCUCCUGACCAUAUUCCCUGUAUUCCCUGUAUUCCCUGUAUUCCCUGUGUUCCCUGUAUUCCCUGUAUUCCCUGUAUUCCCUGUAUUCCCUGUGUUCCCUGUAUUCCCUGUAUUCCCUUCAUUCCCUGUGUUCCCUGUAUUCCCUGUAUUCCCUUUAUUCCCUGUGUUCCCUGUAUUCCCUGUAUUCCCUGUAUUCCCUGUAUUCCCUGUAUUCCAGCUGGAGAGGUACAUCCUAAUAAUUGACUUAUGCCCUGUAAUUUAACAGGCCUAAUGUCUGAUGUCCUGUAGUUUAACAGGCCUAAUGACUGAUGUCCUGUAGUUUAACAGGCCUAAUGACUGAUGUCCUGUAGUUUAACAGGUCUAAUGACUGAUGUCCUGUAGUUUAACAGGCCUAAUGACUGAUGUCCUCUAGUUUAACAGGCCUAAUGACUGAUGUCCUGUAGUUUAACAGGCCUAAUGACUGAUGUCCUGUAGUUUAACAGGUCUAAUGAUUGACUGAUGUCCUGUAGUUUAACAGGCCUAAUGACUGAUGUCCUGUAGUUUAACAGGCCUAAUGAUUGACUGAUGUCCUGUAGUUUUUUUUUUUUAUAUACUUUGUUUAUUGAAUUUUCAGUACCAGCAUUUAGUAAAUAAUUGCACUUGAAAGUUAUUUGGUAUGAAUAUGGAACAACAAUUUGAAGAUAACGAUACAGCAAAACAUGGAGAGACAGACAUGAAAGAAAAAAUAGACAUUAAGUACAUAAAUAAGAUAAAACACAAAAAAAAAAAAAAAAAAAAAAAAAGGAAGAAUAUCUGUUUUGAUCCAGUUGUUAUAGGUCAGCUAGCACAGUUAUUACCGUCCUUAACAUCCGAGAUGUCGUAUAUGCACAUACCAGGCUUCUUACAUCACCAAUAUAUAAAUAUACAUCACUCUGGAACUGCAGGGAAAUGUAUUCUUUUGACAUAAGAAAAGAAGGGAGCCCACUUUGCAUAAAAUUUGUCUACAGACCCAUUGAGUGUCUGUUUUAUUUUCUCCAACUUUAUGCAAUUCAAAAUAGAUUUAAUCCAAAGAGCAUGAGAAGGGGCUGCAGAGGAUUUCCAUCUAAGUAAAAUUAAUCGUCUCGCUAACAACGUGACAAAGGCAAUUACAUCCUUAUUCAUUUUGGUCAAUUGUAUUGUGGGUAAGGAAACUCCAAAUAAUGCAAUGAGAGGGUCUGGCUCGAUCUGUGUGCCGCUUAAUUCUGAGAGUGUGUUAAAGAUGUCUUUCCAGAAACCAACAAGAGAUGGGCAGCACCAAAACAUGUGCACAUGAUUAGCAGGGGACUGGUUACAUCGAACACAAUUAGGGUUCACAUCCUUGUAAAUUUUUGAUAGUCUUGCUUUGGUCCAGUGGGCCCUAUGAAUGAGUUUGCAUUGGAUGAGGCCGUGUCGAGCGCAAAUAGAAGAGCUAUGUACCCUUUUGAGUGCCUCUUCCCAUAGUUCAUCAGAUAUUUCCUCACCCAGUUCCUCCUCCCAAGAGGAUUUGAUAUUGUUUAAUGAGAUGGCUUGUAGUGAGCAAAUUUGACUAUAGAUUAUUGACAUUGUGCCUUUCUGAUUAGGAAGAGGGGUGAGAAAUGUGUCGAACUGUGUUCCACUAGAAAGGUUGGGGAAUCCUGGAUCUAUGCUGCGGAUGUAACUCCGGACUUGUAAGAAUCUAAAAAAAUGAUGUCUGGGGAGACCAAAUUUAGCUGAUAGUUGUUGAAACGUACUAAAUGUAUUGUUAGUAUACAGAUCUCUGAAUCUUUUAAUACCGAGAUUAGACCAUGUUGAGAAAGCACCAUCAAUCAUAGAUGGGGGAAAAGCUGGGUUUGAGGCUACCGGAGCCAAGGAAGAGGUUGUUUGAAACCCAAAGUGGCGCCUAAAUUGAUUCCAGAUCUUCAAUGUUGUUUUGACACAUGUAUUGUUGGUGAAGGAGGAGUAAGGGCCUGUAAUAGAGGAGUGAGCGAGGGAAGACAGUGAUGCCGGUGUAGACGAGGCAGCCUCCAUCUCCAGCCAAGUUGGGGGUGGGAAUAUUACUCUGCUCUGCAACCAGUACUGAAUGAUCCUAAGGUUAGCGGCCCAAUAAUAGAAUCUGAAAUCUGGUAGAGCUAGACCGCCGUCUGGUUUGGGCCUCUGCAAGAGCUGUUUUCGCAUCCUAGGAGGCUUUUUGUCCCAUAUAAAGGGUAGAAUUAGGCCGUCGAUCUUUUUGAAAAAUGUAUUGGGUAGAAAUAUUGGAAGGCACUGAUAGAGGUAUAAGAAUUUAGGGAGAGUAUUCAUUUUAAUAGAGUUAAUUCUAGCAACUAAGGAGAGGUGUAGCAAAGACCACCGUUCCAAAUCGUCCUUAGUACGGGUUAAGAGAGGAGCAAAGUUGGCUUGAAAAAGGUUUUCAAACCUAAUUGUGACAUGUACCCCGAGAUAAAUAAAACUGCUGUGUGCUAUUUUAAAUGGCAAGUUAUGUAAAGGGGAUUUUUUUGCAGCCAUGUUAAGUGGCAUCAAUUCACUUUUACUGAGAUUUAGUUUAUACCCUGAUAUGUGACCGAAGGAUGCGAAAGUGGCAAGGGCAGCAGGGACAGAGACAGAAAGAUUGGAUGUGUAUAUUAAUAAAUCAUCUGCAUAUAAAGACAGUUUGUGUUCGUGCCCGUAUCUGACUAUGCCUUUGAUGAGGGGGGUUGGAGCGAAGUGCUAUUGCAAGUGGCUCUAUGGCGAGGGCAAACAGUAAGGGACUUAAAGGGCAACCCUGACGUGUCGAUCUUUGCAGAGGGAAGCGAUCUGAUUGAGUGUUAUUAGUCCUGACAGAGGCUUGGGGGGAUGAGUACAGAAGUUUUAUCCAGGUCAUGAAUUUGGAGCCAAAGCCAAAUUUAUUUAGAGUGUAAAAAAGGUAUUUCCAUUCCACCCGAUCAAACGCUUUCUCCGCGUCCAGGGAUAUAAUGGCUUCAGAGGUAUUGUUGACAGAAGGAUUGUAUAUAAUAUUAAAUAAUCUUCGGAGAUUGAAGAAUGAGUGUCUAUUUUUUAUAAAUCCUGUUUGAUCCGGAGAGAUAAUUGAUGGGAGGACUGUUUCUAGCCGCGUUGCCAGAAUUUUGGCUAGAAUUUUAUAGUCCACAUUUAGCAGGCUAAUUGGACGGUAUGAUGCACAGUCAAGAGGGUCUUUGUUUUUUUUAAGAAUAACACAAAUGGUUGCUUGAGUGAGAGUAUGUGGGAGAGCACCAUUUACAAAUGCAUCAUUGUACAUUUCAAUUAGAAUAGGGGCUAUUUUGGUGAUAAACUUUUUAUAAAACUCUGUCGGGUAGCCAUCAGGCCCUGGGCUUCUCCCAGAUUGAAGGGUUUUGACAGCGUUAGACAGUUCUUCAACAGUGAUCGGCUGCUCUAAUUUUUUUACCAAAUCCCGGCCGACCGAAGGCACAGAUAGUGAGUGGAAGAAAUUAUCCAAUUCCAGUGUAUCCGCUUUACUUUCAGAGGUAUAUAGAGACUGGUAAAAUCUCUUGAACUCCUCAUUGAUCCCCCCAGGAUCUAAUGAUAUCCCAGAUGAUGUACGAAUUUUUGUAAUCUGAGAUGAUGAUGAUUGUUGACGUAACUUGUGAGCUAAUAAUUUACUGGCUUUCUCUCCUUGUUCAUAGUAAGUGCUCCUAGACUUGACAAGCAUUUCAGUAACCUGGUCUGUUAAUAGUGUGUCAAAUUCUGCUUGCAGAGUUAGACGUUCCUUAUAAAUAUCUGGGGAUGGUGAAACGGCAUAAAUGUCAUCUAAUUGGGCAAUACAGCGUGUUAGCAUAGAUAACCUAUUCCUUUUCAAUUUGUUCUCAUGUGCGGUGUAGGAGAUAAUUUCACCUCUGAUAUAAGCUUUCAAAGUUUCCCAGAGAGUAGACGCAGAGAUGUUUGGGGUUCUAUUUGUAAUCAUGAAAAAGUCGAUUUGACUCAAAACAAAAUUGACAAAGUGUUCAUUACUGAGCAGUUGGGUUUUUAGUCGCCAAGGCGGUCGCUGAUUGUCAACAUUUUGAAAAGCUACUUCCAUAGUAACAGGGGCGUGGUCAGAUACAACAAUUGGGUUAUAUGAACAUGAAGUUAUGGAGUGGAGGAGCCGGUCAUCAACAAGGAAGUAGUCUAUGCGCGUAAAAGUGUGGUGAACCGAUGAGAAAAAAGAGUAUGCUUUCCCAGCUGGAUUAACCAUUCUCCAAGGAUCUGAGACUGCGAAUUCAGACAUAAAGGUUUGAACAACUCUAGCUGAGGUUGAUAGGGUGGUAGGUUUAGUGGAGGAUCGAUCCAAUUGUGGGUCUAACCAACAGUUAAAGUCACCUCCUAAAAUCAACAUAUGGGUGGACAUAUCUGGGAGUGUAGAGAAAACCGAUUUGAAAAAAUCACCAUUGUCCCAAUUAGGAGCAUAGAUAUUAACAAGAAGAACCUUUGUAUUGAGCAGCCUACCACUGACAAUUAUAUAUCUACCAUGGGGAUCUGCGAUCACCUUAGAACAUGUAAAAGGUACCGAUCUGUGAAGUAAAAUAGCCACCCCUCUCGCCUUACUCUGAAAUGAGGAAUGGAACACCUGACCCACCCAUCUGCACCUAAGACUUGAGUGUUGUGAUACCUUCAGAUGAGUUUCUUGGAGAAAGAUGAUGUGAGCUUUCAAAUGAUGAAGAUGGUGUAGCACCUUACUACGUUUAACUGGGUUAUUUAUGCCCCUGCAGUUCCAAGUAAGAAAAUUAAAGCCAUUCCCUCCAGCAGUAUGGGCUACACUAGGCUGAGUCAUAUCUUAAGAGAGAGAGAGGAUGUGUAAAGGACAAGGUACAAUGUAAACUGAAGAUCUUAGUUGAACCUAAAAGCGCAAAUGUAAAAAACAAAGACAAACGAAGAGGCACAAAAAACAUAUACAAACUAUAUACAUGAACAAACCCUUCCCUCACACCCGCCCUUGCCGAAGCAUCUCCCCAAAUGAGAUGCAAGCAAAACCCUAAAUACGAAGAAAGUUUAGAGCUAAGCAUGAUAACUCUUACUCUGUGCUACCUAAGAUUAGUGACCAUUUAACUAGAGUAAGCCAAACAUGAAUAGAAUGGUCCCCAAUAGAGUCUAAGGAAAACUAUCCUCGAUUAAGAGAGGUUUAACCUCGACGCAGAUGGUAAAUGAUCAGACUGAAACAGCCAUGCAGACCCCCAGAUAUUGGCAUUAGAGGCGGCAAACCUGGGCUGGAAAUAAAGAGAUAAAGAAGAGAAUGACAUUCAUAUGUCGAUGAACCCAGCAGAGAUGGCUUCGUUAGUCACCCAUUCGGCCUGCUAACUAGCCUGCUAGGAAGACCAGCUAGCCAACCAUUUGUUACAAACCAUGCGGUACAACAGCCGCUUUCACGUUCUUGUUGAUGAAAUCUGCCGCUAUAGCCGGGUCCUCGAAUCUGUGCAUGGAACCGUCCGGUAAAGUCAGUCUCAAAAUCGCAGGGUAGAUGAGGCCGAACUUCACGCCCGGGCAGGUGUGUAGUUGGCGUUUCACAGCUCCAAAGCUAGCCCGCCUCUUAGCCACAGCUGUUGUGUAGUCCGCAAAUAUCGAGACUCUUUUACCCUUAUGUAGAAGAGGGGAUGCUUCUCCCGAUCUUCUCAGUAUGUCGUUGCGGACGUGAAAGAAAUGCACCCUGAUGACAAAUGGUCGUGGGGGUUCUCCAUCCCUGGGUCGGCUACGCAGAGUGCGGUGAGCCCGGUCUAGCAAUGGCUUCUCCUCUAGCCCGAGCAGCUCCUGAAGUAGCUGGGCCAUGUACUCCGUGGGUCUUGGGCCCUCCACUCCCUCCGGUAUUCCCAGUAGACGAAUGUUGUUCCUCCGCAUUCUACUUUCCAUAUCUUCGCAUCUAUUAUCGAGGAAUGCCACCCUAGUUGUCAAUGAGCCGACGCUAGCCUCUAGCUCGCUAAUGCGAGUGCCGUGGUCUGUAGCCCCUCGCUCCAAAUCCGAUAAAGUCACCCCAUGUGCGUCGAGCUUAUUCUGUAUACUCUCGAUAGAUUUUUUAAGCUCGUCUUUGAUCGUUGAUAUCUCUGACCUGAGGUUGGUAGAGAGACAGUCAAUUUUUCCGAAAAUGUCGGCUUUGAGGGUGCCUAUCACGGAUUGUAGCAUCUCCACAGUCAGUGUUUCCGUGGGGCCGGCAUUGGUAGCGUUCGGUGGCGGGGGUGAGUCGGGAGAAGUUGCAGGCUUGUUGCGGCCUGCUCUUGCAGACUCUGUUUUUGGUCGGGUUGAUGUCAUUACGAAUUUAAAUUUAUUAAACUUGAACUGAGUUGUUUAUGGGUCUCUUCAGACGCCUGGGCAAACAGAAAUGUAUGCAGUUUUGCAAAGUUAAAUAUAUAAAUUUGGUCACUAACUCAGGAGCGAUAGGGAGACGCGUGCUACAUCCUUGGCUUCCAACAGCGCCUCCUCAUGUCCUGUAGUUUAACAGGCCUAAUGUCUGAUGUCCUGUAGUUUAACAGGCCUAACGACUGAUGUCCUGUAGUUGAACAGGCCUAAUGACUGAUGUCCUGUAGUUUAACAGGCCUAAUGACUGAUGUCCUGUAGUUUAACAGGCCUAAUGACUGAUGUCCUGUAGUUUAACAGGCCUAAUGACUGAUGUCCUGUAGUUUAACAGGCCUAAUGACUGAUGUCCUGUAGUUUAACAGGCCUAAUGACUGAUGUCCUGUAGUUUAACAGGCCUAAUGAUUGACUGAUGUCCUGUAGUUUAACAGGCCUAAUGACUGAUGUCCUGUAGUUUAACAGGCCUAAUGAUUGACUGAUGUCCUGUAGUUUAACAGGCCUAAUGACUGAUGUCCUGUAGUUUAACAGGCCUAAUGACUGAUGUCCUGUAGUUUAACAGGCCUAAUGACUGAUGUCCUGUAGUUUAAAAGGCCUAAUGACUGACUGAUGUCCUGUAGUUUAACAGGCCUAAUGAUUGAUGUCCUGUAGUUUAACAGGUCUAAUGAUUGAUGUCCUGUAGUUUAACAGGCCUAAUGACUGAUGGGAAAUGAGAGAAGAGGAGGAAUGUUCCUCUCUCUCCUGACCAUAUUCCCUGUGUUCCCUGUAUUCCCUGUAUUCCCUGUAUUCCCUGUGUUCCCUGUAUUCCCUGUAUUCCCUGUAUUCCCUGUGUUCCCUGUAUUCCCUGUAUUCCCUGUAUUCCCUGUAUUCCCUGUAUUCCCUUUAUUCCCUUUAUUCCCUCUAUUCCCUGUAUUCCCAGUGUUCCCUGUAUUCCCUGUAUUCCCUGUAUUCCCUGUGUUCCCUGUAUUCCCUGUAUUCCCUGUAUUCCCUGUGUUCCCUGUAUUCCCUGUAUUCCCUGUAUUCCCUGUGUUCCCUGUAUUCCCUGUAUUCCCUGUAUUCCCUUUAUUCCCUUUAUUCCCUGUAUUCCCUGUAUUCCCUGUGUUCCCUGUAUUCCCUGUAUUCCCUUUAUUCCCUGUAUUCCCUUUAUUCCCUUUAUUCCCUUUAUUCCCUUUAUUCCCUGUAUUCCCUGUAUUCCCUGUGUUCCCUGUAUUCCCUGUAUUCCCUUUAUUCCCUGUAUUCCCUUUAUUCCCUUUAUUCCCUCUAUUCCCUGUAUUCCCUGUAUUCCCUGUGUUCCCUGUGUUCCCUGUGUUCCCUGUAUUCCCUGUAUUCCCUGUAUUCCCUUUAUUCCCUUUAUUCCCUGUAUUCCCUGUAUUCCCUGUGUUCCCUGUAUUCCCUGUAUUCCCUUUAUUCCCUGUAUUCCCUUUAUUCCCUUUAUUCCCUCUAUUCCCUCUAUUCCCUGUAUUCCCUGUAUUCCCUGUGUUCCCUGUAUUCCCUGUGUUCCCUGUAAUCCCCGUUAUUCCCUGUAUUCCCUGUAUUCCCUGUGUUCCCUGUGUUCCCUGUAUUCCCUGUGUUCCCUGUAUUCCCUGUAUUCCCUGUAUUCCCUGUAUUCCCUGUAUUCCCUUUAUUCCCUUUAUUCCCUCUAUUCCCUGUAUUCCCUGUAUUCCCUGUGUUCCCUGUGUUCCCUGUAUUCCCUGUAUUCCCUGUAUUCCCUUUAUUCCCUUUAUUCCCUCUAUUCCCUGUAUUCCCUGUAUUCCCUGUGUUCCCUGUAUUCCCUGUGUUCCCUGUAAUCCCCGUUAUUCCCUGUAUUCCCUGUAUUCCCUGUGUUCCCUGUGUUCCCUGUAUUCCCUGUAUUCCCUGUGUUCCCUGUAUUCCCUGUAUUCCCUGUAUUCCCUGUAUUCCCUUUAUUCCCUUUAUUCCCUCUAUUCCCUGUAUUCCCUGUAUUCCCUGUAUUCCCUGUAUUCCCUUUAUUCCCUUUAUUCCCUGUAUUCCCUGUAUUCCCUGUAUUCCCUGUAUUCCCUGUAUUCCAGCUGGAGAGGUACAUCCAGGAGAACCUGCGCUCUGGGAUGGAGGAGAUGAAGAGGAACGCUGUUCACACCCAGACGGUGGCCAUGUUGGAGAUCGUGACCAACCUCUUUAGCCAAUCAGCUGAGCUGACCCGUAAACUGACAGAUGUGAAGACUCAGGUAAGCCAAUCAGCUGGACCUGUUGUGAAGAAUACCUCUAGUCCCUUCCUCUUCCAUUUGUAGGUGGAUGAUGGGAACUGGAUCAUUCAGAGGUCUUGAACCCUGGUCCGAAAGAGCUUCAGCCGCGCAACAAAAUACCUUGAUUCAACUUUCAAUGUUUUGAUUAGUUGCCAAGGUGUCCCAGGUGUGAUUCAUUGAUUAGGCCAGUUGUCCCAGGUGUGAUUCAUUGAUUAGGCCAGUUGUCCCAGGUGUGAUUCAUUGAUUAGGCCAGUUGUCCCAGGUGUGAUUCAUUGAUUAGGCCAGUUGUCCCAGGUGUGAUUCAUUGAUUAGGCUGAGAUCUGUUUGUCCCUCAUCGUAAACACUUUGAUUGACAUGCUGAGUUGAAUUUAGUUGACAGCCAGUUAAAACAUCCAACAUGGAGCCACAACACAGAUGGUCCUUAGUUGUACCAUAGAGCUGUUAUUACAGGAAGAUGUGUUUUGGUAUUUUCUAGUUUCCUCUAUCAGUCACUCUCUCUUUGUGAUCCAUGAUGUCCAUGAUGUACAACAGUGCAACCUGUACAAAUAUUGUAACUGGUUGGUUAUCAGUCAAGCUGGAAAGAUAAGAUACGAAUGUAGCGGUCAAACUUGUAUUAUUCAUCUUUGAAAUUGUAUAACAGGCCCCUUCCUGUUUGUCUAUCUGUGUCUGGUGUUUAGCUUUGAAGAAAGUACUAAGUCUUCUCUAUAAAAGAUAGUCAUUUAAUCCAGGUGUCUUGGCGUCAUAUUCAGAACAAGAUCCUUAACAACAGCUUGAUCUUAAUGGUCUUUGUCAGGUAACUGAAUAACUCUCCCUCCCUCCCUAGGUGCUAAACCAGACCAGUAGAAUGGAGAUUCAGCUGUUAGAGUAUUCUCUGUUCACUAACCGUCUAGAGAAACACAUCCUCCAGCAGAAUCAGGAGAUCUCACGGCUCAACGAUAAGAACAGGUACAGCAGCCCUGUCCAACACGCCAGCAGAGAGUAGGGAGAAAGGGAGUGAGUGUGUGUGUGUGUGUGUGUGUGUGUGUGUGUGUGUGUGUGUGUGUGAAAGGAAAGAGCACGUGAACCCGCCAGAUCUGAGUUCAAAUACUGUGAGCGUUUACAUUUGGCCUGUCUGCGGUGCCAGGUGGGCGGGGUUUAUGCUUAUGGGUUUUUCUUCUAUUGGUGUCUUUGCAACAAGCAAGCUCAAUCAAUCACAGAUAAAGUAUUUGAAUCCAGGUCUGGUAUGUGAUAGUUGGUUAUGGAUGGUGUAUAUUUUUCCCCCCAACAAUGUGAACUUACCAGGUAACGUCCCAGGCCCUAGAGCAGUGGUAUUCAAACUUUUUUCAGCGGGGAUCCCAUCCCACCCCAAAAUCUAACAAAAAAACCUUAAAAACAACGACAACCCCAACUGCGGUACCCCGACUUUGAAUACCACUGCCAUAGAGUCACGUGGUCAGGAGAAAUAUGCUCCCUUACACAUUUCAUACUGGGGGCUUGAGAUACAUCUGAACCAGAAUAUGCAUCUGAACCAAAAGGUGAGUCUGAACCAGGAGACACAUGAGACCAGGAGGUGAGUCUGAACCAUGGUGUGAGUCUGAACCAUGAGGUGAGUCUGAACCAUGAGGUGAGUCUGAACCAGGAGGUGAGUCUGAACCAGGAGGUGAGUCUGAACCAUGAGGUGAGUCUGAACCAGGAGGUGAGUCUGAACCAUGAGGUGAGUCUGAUGUUUCAGGGAUAAACAUUAUUUACUGAGGGGAACCAAAAAGUUUGGAGGAGGAUGAAUGACACCGGACAUGGGGAUGAAGGACAGGUGGCAUCGUGUGAAGUGGCCAGUGUUAUUUCUCUCUGGUUGUUUAUCCAUACAGCCCUGUGAACAGGCCCCAGGCACCCAGAUUAUUCUGGUCUAAAGUAGUGCGGCUAUAUAGGGAAUAGGGGUGCCAUUCUCUGGUCUAAAGUAAGUGCAAUAUAUAGGGAAUAGGGUGCCAUUCUCUGUCUAAAUAGUGCACUAUAUAGGGAAUAGGGUGCCAUUCUCUGGUCUAAAGAGUGCCUAUAUAGGGAAUAGGGUGCCAUUCUCGGUCUAAAGUAGUGCACUAUAUAGGGAAUAGGUGGCCAUUCGCUGGUCUAAAAUAGUGCACUAUAUAGGGAAUAGGGUGCCAUUCUCCUGGUCUAAAGUAGUGCGCUAUAUAGGGAAUAGGGUGCCAUUCUCUGGUCUAAAGUAGUGCGCUAUAUAGGGAAUAGGGUGCCAUUUCUCUGGUCUAAAGUAGUGCACUAUAUAGGGAAUAGGGUGCCAUUCUCUGGUCUAAAGUAGUGCACUACAUAGGGAAUAGGGUGCCAUUCUCUGUCUAAAGUAGUGCACUAUAUAGGGAAUAGGGUGCCAUUCUCUGGUCUAAAAUAGUGCACUAUAUAGGGAAUAGGGUGCCAUUCUCUGGUCUAAAGUAGUGGCGCUAUAUAGGGAAUAGGGUGCCAUUCUCUGGUCUAAAGUAGUGCGCUAUAUAGGGAAUAGGGUUCCAUUCUCUGGUCUAAAGUAGUGCACUAUCUAGGGAAUAGGGUUCCAUUUGGGACGGGGUCCAGGUGUGUUCAGAAUAACAGAGUGAUCUGGUCAUGACAGUUGCCACACAUCUAACCCUGCUUGACCUCUUGACCCCUACUUGUGGUUGGAAUAUCCACCUGAGGUUGGCUACUUCCUUUGACUCCCUCUGGGUUGAAGCCUAAGAUAAAAUAACAACUAGAGCAUCAAUGGAUUCAGUCGUGACACUAUUAUACACGUUAGUAAGGCAUUGUUGGGGAGAAAACCCCAAAACACCAUUAUGAGAAGUGCCAUUGAAAUCAAUUCCAAUUGAUCUCCAGGUGUAAACAUAGUGAGGUAAGGUAUACGUCCCAAAUGGCAACCCUAUUCCCUACGUAGCGCACUACUUUUGACCAGGAUCCAAUGGACUAUAUAGGGAAUAGGGUGCCAUUGGGGACUCAGCCAAAGGUGUUUGAGAGCGGGGUGCAGUGCAGAGCAAGGCAGAGUGAGAAGCAGCUUGCAUCCGUCUGUGUGGCUCUGGGUUGUUUCUUCUGCUGGAGUCCGUUAGUCAGAGCUAUAAACAUCAGACUGGGGGAUUUACAGGCUCCAUUUGGAGCGGGUGGGUAACACACACAUGGCAAGCACGCACGUCAUGGUUGCCCCCAGGGUGGUGAUUGAGACGUUCAACGUGCAGCUCCAUCCAGAUGUCUUCUGCUGCUGUACAGGUUGUUUCCUGUGGUGUGUGUGUGUGUGUGUGUGUGUGUGUGUGUGUUUUGUUGGGCCUGGUGUGUUCAGAUGUUUCCCUUGGCAUUUGCUGAAUGGAAGACCUGUCUAUUUUUUUUUCUUGCAGUGCAUUACAUGUAGGUCUUGCUAUAUGCGGUUAUGUACAGGGAUUGCUUAUAGAGGUACGUACAGGAUCUAUAGGAGGAUAUGUCACAUGAUGCUUAGGAGGUAUUUACAGGAUGGGUCUAGUAGGAGGGUCCUUUACAGGAUGCUAGUAGGCGGUAAUGUCAGGAUGCUAAAGAGGUCUGGACAAGAUGCUUAUAGAGGUAUGGUACAGAUGCUGUAGAGGUUAUGUACAGGAUGCUAGAGGAUGUGUUAUGUACAGAUGCUAUAUGAAUAUUUGACGGUUGAUGCUAUAGGGGGAGUAUGUACAGGAUGCUAUGUGUAAUGUACAGGAUCUAUAAGAAGUAUGUCAGGAGGCUGGCAUCCAGAGACUGCAAUAAUUCUAAUGUCCUUGAUACAGUCUUUACUCACAAUUGGUUUCCUUUGAUCACUCAAUCCAGUGCUGACUGGCAUUGUGCUGACAUCGGGGGCUCUACUUACUACAUCGCAAUAUCACAACCUGAGCCCGGCACUAGGGAUCAACCCUGGUGUUCCCCCCCCCCAGUUGGUAUGUACAGGAUACAAUUCACCUUCACCCACUAGGGAUCACCCUUCGUUUGGUAUGGUACGGAUACAGGAUACACCUGACCCCACUAGGGAUCACCCCUUCGUUGUAUUGUACAGUGAUACAAUUCACGCUGGGACCCCACAGGGAUCACAACGGGGCGCUUCAGUUGUGGAUGUACAGUGAUUACAAUCCCCUGACCCCAUGCUAGGGAUCAACCCGUUCAUUUGGUAUGUACAGAACAAUAUCACCUGACCCCACUAGGGGAUCAACCGCUUCAGGUUGGGUAUGUACAAGGGAGACAAGAUCACCAUGACGCCACAGGGAUCAACCCUUCAGAUGUGGGCUGUUCCAACUCCUCUAAUCUUCGUGGGCUAUACCACCACCGCUCCUUGUCUUUGGUACUAGUUCACCUUAAAACAUUGUUCAUCAGGGUUUCUUCCACUGUCCCUGUAGGGAUGGUUCCGUCAGAGAGACUGACCCGAUGCCACUUGGGCGGUCGUCUCGUCUCUCUCUUAGUCUCUCUCGCCUCUCUCUCGGGGUCUCUCUGUAUCGUCUCUCUAUCGUUCUCGUCUGGCCGAAGGAAAAGCUCUCUCUCGGGGGUCUCUCGGCGGGGUUCGGGUCCCUCCGCUCCGUCUGCUCGGCUCUCUCUUCCGGGGUCUCUCUGCUCUCCCUCGGCUCUUCUCCCUCCUGGCCUCUGGGGAUCUCUCUCUCCUCUCAGUCCUUCUCUCCCCGGUCUCGUGUGGGGUCCCUGGUCUGCGGUCUCUCUCUCCUCUAGCGGGAGUCGUCCCUCUCUACUCUCAAUCCCUCGUCGCGGGCGGGGCUUCUCGUGCUGGGGGUCUCUCGGCGUCUCGGGUCAUCGCACUCUCGGUCCUCUCUCUCUGGGCCGGGCCCUCUCGUCGCGGGUCGGGGGGGCGGCUGGCGUCUCGGUCUCGUCGGGCGUGGCUCGGGUGCUCUGGGGCUCGCUCUCUCCUCAAGUGCUGCUCGGGGUCUCUCGAGGGUCUCUCUCUGCGCUCGCCGUCAGUCUGGCCCAUCCGGGGGGUCAUCGUCGUGGUCCCUGGGGCAAGCCGGACUCUACGGGGCGGGUCGGUCUCUCGGGCGCAUCCGGCUCGGGGGGCGGAGACUCGGCAAGUCUGGUGCUCCCGCCCUCAUCUCGGAUAUGCGGCUCGGAUCUCAACGGCAAGUGCGUCGUGGACAAUUACUCGGGGGGUCGGUCAGGGUCCUCACAUCAAGCAGGACGGUCUGGUCUCGUCUCAGUGCGUCCUGGGGCUCUCUCUCGAGUCUCCUCGGGGGGACAAAUCUCAUGGGACCUCAGUCUCCACUCGCACCGCUGCUCACAAGAAGAACGACCUCUCUCAGCCCGAAAGGGGCGGAUGCGUACACUCCCAUGCAAUCUCCUACCUCGUCUCACAAAAGUCUCUCAGGGGUGCUCCUCAGGGGCGGGGGGGAGGGGGGGGAAGGCCUCUCGUCCGAAUCGGGCUAUCUCCUCUCUGGGGCUCUCGCGUCUGCUACUCUCUCCUCUGCUCUUGCUGUCCUCUCCCUUUCUCGCUCUCUCUCUCUGGCAAAUCUCGUCGGGGCCCGGGUGGGCGUCCCCGUCGACGUCGGGGGAAAGUCCGGGGUCAUCCGGGGGGGCAUCGAAGGCGCGGGCAAGGGGGGUCGGACGUCGGGUCCUGCCUUGCGGUGCUCCCUCUUCUCGGGCUCGUCCGGGGGGGGGGAAAGUCUCGCUCGGCGGGGUCAGAUGGGCAGCACUCGGAGGUCUGCGGCAUCUCAAGCAUCAAAGUCGCGAUCACUCGCUCGGGGGGGGAGGGGUCCGGGUGGGCGGUCUCGAGGGUCUGACUCUCCCAUCCUCGGGCGGAGGGGUCAGCCCUCUCCUCGGAUAGCGGGUCUCCUGGCUGCGGUCGGGGGGUUGGCAGCCGGGGGGGUCGGCUUCGUCUCUCUCCGGGGGAGGGCCCCAAAGAUAUCGCGGGUCGGGCCGAGGGAAGAAACGAGCAAUUCCCGGAUCUGGCCAAGGACUCGGGAAACGGUCGGGGGGGAACUCGGGGUCUCGGCCACAACGCCGAGGGGGGCUCGCCAAAAUGCUCCCGUCUUCCGCUCCUAGGGCGCUCCGUGCUCGGGCUCUCUGGCUCUCACACUCGGUCGGGAGCCAACAGACGCUCUGGGGAUCAGAUCGAAGCCGGGUCAGAACUCUCCCAAUCUGGCGAAUAACAUCCUCAUGGGCGGGGGUCGUACUCCGCUCCCGUCUCUCAGAAAUCGCUCUCCUCCGUUCAUCGUCGCUGUCCUCCUAUCUUCCCCGGCCCUCUCCUCUCUCACUCGUCUCAUCUCGGCUCCGAAAACUCGCGGGCCGCCGUCGGGGCAUCUCCUCCCUCGUCAAACCGUCGUACGGGGGUCACGUGCUCAAUCAUCGUCUCGACUCUUCGUCAUGGCGUCACGGGACCAAGUGCGGUCUCUCUCACUGCUCCGAUCAGGCUUCUCUCAGAAAAGGGGGGAGGGUGGCAGGCGGAGGGCCGGUCGGGGGGGGUCGGGGGUCAGGGCGGUCGUCAUCUCCUCGGGGUCGGUCUGGACGAGCACCGUGCUCGAUCACGCUCUCACGCUCUCAGGGGAUCUCCUUCUCUGUCGUCUGCCUCGCCUCUCGGGGUCUCGGGGUCUCGGUGACUCUCUCUCCUCUCCGUCUCGCGUCUCUCGGGGGUCAUGGGGCUCAGGCGGACACGGGGUCUCCUCUGCCCGUCUCUCCUCUCGGGUCGAGGGUGGGGCUGCGUCGGCUCUCUCUGCUCAGCGGGUCAGGGUGGAGCAUUGCUCCCUCAACCGUCUCUCUCACUCUGGCGGUGCCGUCGAGGGCCUCCUGCUCUCGGUCGCUCUCACUCUCUCGUCGUCUCCGGAUACUCGGCAGUCAGGAUCGCUCCCCGUCCGCGGGUGCAUCUCGUCUCGGCGGCUGCUCUCCCACUCUCACGGUCUAGUACUCGGUUCUCUCGUCUCCCGUCGUGCGCGGAGGAUGCUCUCGGGUCCUCAACCUAUCUCUCGCUGGUCGCAUGUCCUCAUCUCCGAAGUCCUCUCCAAGUGCGUACUCGGGGACUCGUAUCAAUGCGUCUCUGGCACGGAGUCAUCAUCACUCUCUCGUCCCGUGCGAGGAAUCAACAAUCCUCCUCAAUCGAAAUCAACCUCAUCAACGAGAUCGUCAGCGUACGGUCGGUGCUGCUCUCUCAUCUCUCGUCGGUCUCUCUUCGGGUCUCGUAUCUCUCAUCGAAGGCUCUCGUCGGGGUCUCCCGCUCUCUCCACCAACUCCGCCUGCGGGUAUCAUCGCGUACCGAGGCUCUGUCUCGUUCGCUGGGGGCUCUCUCUCGGGUCUCUCUCUGCCUCUCCAAUCUCUCUGCUCCUCUCGUCAUAG